AGAUCUUAUUGAGAUUCAGCCCUGAAUCGCUUUGUUUCCAUCUCAUCUUCUUGGUACCAACCAGAUGAAGAAAGACUUUUGAUGAAGAGGCAGGGGGCGUGUUAUUCUUGCGGAGAAUUAUCGGCGAGCACGUGAUUGGUUCCCACUUCCCUCUCCAGCGUUGCUCCAGAUUUUCUCAAGCACCAGGCUUACAAGAACCCGCAGUCAAGAUUGGCCUCGCGACGAUGACUCCACCAGCGAGACAAGGCUUUGCGAUCUUCGGUGCCGGUAUCUUCGCAACUGAAGCAUACAUACCGGCCCUCGCAGCUCUAGGAGAGGCUGCGCCCCCACUCAAAGCCGUGUACUCACGCUCUGCUAAGAGCGCCGAGAGUCUCUCGACUGCCGUUGGUAAAGCCUUGAGCAUCCCUGCGCCGGAUGUUUACCACGACGGCGAAAACGGCGGAGGAAUGGACGCUGUUCUGGCGCGGGAGGAUAUAGCCUCGGUUCUUCUCGUCUUGCCCAUUCCUCUGCAGCCAUCAGUGAUCCUCAAGGCACUGAAAGCAGGCAAGCAUGUCUUGAGCGAGAAACCGGUUGCCCCUGAUGUCGCAAGCGGGGUUACUCUGAUCAAACAAUAUCGGUCCGAGUUCCAAGGGAAGGGGCUCGUGUGGCGAGUCGCGGAGAAUUACGAAGUGGAACCGGGGAUCCAGGAGGUUGGGAAACUUAUUGGCAAUGGAGCGAUUGGUAAGGUUAUAGGGUUCAAAGCUUGCGUUUUGAAUUACGUAGACAAGGACUCCAAGUAUUACAAGACACCGUGGAGAACUGUGCCUGAGUAUCAAGGAGGCUUUCUAUUGGAUGGCGGCGUCCAUACUAUCGCCGUGUUGCGCGUUCUGCUUCCUCAGCCCAUUACACACCUCUCAAGUUUUGCUUCGCUUAACAAGGAUUAUCUCGCGCCUCAUGACACGAUCCACGCCAUCGCCAAGGCCUCGGAGCAUUACAAUGGCACCAUCGAGAUGUCUUUUGCGUUUCCAACAGUGUCCAAGCCAGUCUCGGCGAAGGAUGCAUACGUUGUUACAGGGACAAAAGGAUAUGUGUCAAUUUCUAUGGAAGGGGGAUUCGUCAAAGCUGUUCUCACGACGGAGAAGAAGGAAACGGUCGUGGAAGAGAGAAUGAGAGGCGUUGAAGUUGAGUUGGGUAGCUUUUUCAACGCGACAAACGGUAAGGAAGGCGUUGAACCAUUUGGAAAUCCGGUAGGAGCUCUGAAGGAUGUCGCUUUUAUCGAGGCUGCCUUGAAGAGUGAGGGCGCACUAAUCGAUCUCGGUCUGUUGGUCCCUGACUUGAAAUAAAGAACAUGGAAAUAGUUUAUGCUGUAGCCUUUUGCUUUGCCACUUUGCGCGUACGAAUGAUGAUCCCAUGUAAACUUCGGUCCAUCAGGGCACAUGAUUACUCUUGUUGCGAUAUUACUCCGCUAGUAGCAUCUGGUAAUCGGACCAGAGAUGUAUCGUGUGAAGGACCAGCAAUCAACCCAUAUAUGAUGAAACAUGGAGUAGCGAAGUUCGAAGAGGCGUUUCGUAGGAACCGGUGGACAUAGAUGGAUGAAUAACUCCGGUGGUGAAAGAUACCAAUCGGUUGUAGCGUGCUGCGCAAACCAGUCUGCAGACUACGUGAGAGAAGCCAAAGCAAUUCGCCUUUACUGAGACAGUGCCGUAGUAAUUAGAGAAAUAUGAGCCAGGAUUGCAGUUGAUCAGUAUGUGGUAAAGGG